GUCAAGGCGCAGGUCCUUGGUCUCACCUGGAUACAGCCUGGAUCCGGUUGACUACGGUGAACCUCGGGAUAACCAGAAAGACUAAUAUUAGCGUAGAUGCCAUUCUUCUUCUGAUGUAACGAGUACAUCAGGUGUUAUAGGAAGUGUUCCCGGUUCCGGCUGACCUAAUUUAUGCAGCCUAAUAAUCCUUUAACGGAUUUGAAAAUAUAAAUUGGUAAUGUGUUAUGUGUUAUGUGUAUGCCAGGUUAAAGAGAUGCGUUUUUAGUCUAGAUUUAAACUGACAGAGUGUGUCUGCUUCCCGAACAAUGCUAGGAAGAUUGUCCGCGGUCCGAGCCCAGGUGCGAUUAUUCCCGGUGCCCCCUGCAGCGUUGGUCUGGUUUCACACUCAAAUUGAUUCUAUCGAACCCUGGUGCAUUUGCGUUCAUCUUACUUCAUCACAGACGUGCACGGCGCAUGAUAGAAAACAGAACUCGGGUCAAUAAAUUGUUUAUUAAUUUGGUGCUAUUAUGUGCAGCAGAGUAAACAACACUUGUGUUUACUGUAUGUGCGUAAUAUGCCGUUCAUUUGCCACUCUGAUGAACGCAUGCGCAGGUUACUUUACUUUCUGAACAAGUGCGCACCCGAGUCCGUGUUGCUUUCAUAUUCACAUGAACCACGGCACAGUUUGAGUGCAACCGAACUCAGACCACCCGGGUUUACAUGACAGCUUUCACAUUAACGAUUUUUCAUGCAAACCGUGCCCCGUUUUGAACUAAACUGCCAGUGUGAAAGCACCCUAAAUGUGGUGUAUUCAAAUGACUCUGACAUAGUUCUUUUAUGUUUACCCGUUUUAAAUGCCUAUUGCCCGCCGUGCACAGUUGGCCUGAAGCCACCGGGUUGGUGGUGCCACCGGGCUUGGGUUCAUCAUCGCUGCUUGCAGCUAUAUUUGUGUUAUGUAUUUAGUGUUAGAAACUGGGUUAUCCUGCUGUUGUUGUCUUAUGCUUUAGAUGGUGCUGUGUGAUGGCAUAUACCCCUCUCAUAAAAAGUAAAAAGUUGAGUUGUAAGUGCACUCAGCCUCCAUCGAGUUAUUGCUAUAUAUAAGUUUCAUAAAAUAUAGUGAUUUUCGGAUAGACACAACAAAAGUGGUGACGAGGAGUGGAAAUAUUGACUUUAACCUUGUACUGGUGCAGACUGAUAUCAACCAGCAUACUUUUCUGUCGAAAAUGAGUGAACAUAUUUGCUGAAGACGUCAACACAAUCACGCAGUGGCAUAAUCAACAUCAUUCACGCACAGAAUGGCGACUAUCAGGCAUAUUGAUGCUUUUGACGAGGCCAUCGAGCAGUGGACAACAUAUAUUGAACGGUUUGAUCACUUCACAAAGGCGAAUGAUAUCGACGAGGAAAAACGAGUACCAAUGUUGUUAAGUGUUAUGGGCACUAAAACGUACGGUCUUCUGCGUACCUUGGUUGCACCUGCUAAACCAGGAGAAAAGACGUGUCAGCAAGGGGAGAACGUUUCACAGUACGUAGCAGUUUUAAAACAACUCUCUGAACAUUGUGACUUCGGUACACACUUGGAAGAUGCCCUAAGAGAUAGAUUUGUUUGUGGAUUAAACAACGAGGCAAUACAAAAACGACUUCUCACGGAGUCUGCACUUACUUUUCACAAAGCGGUGGAGAUCGCUCUUGCCGCAGAAACUGUUGCCCGCGAAGCGAAGCAGCUCAGCAGUUCCCUUAAGGUGAAUGCAUUGCAUGUUUCCUCACCCAAACAGCAACGCAACUGUAAGAGGUGCGGGAAAACGAACCACACGGAAGAGGACUGCUGGUACAAGGAUCAAGCCUGCCAUUCAUGUGGAAAGAAAGGCCACAUCGGACGAGUGUGCAGAAAUAAACAGAACUUUGAGAGAGAAAGAAAGUGCCAGAGUAAGUUUAAGCCAUGUAAACGAUGUGGUAAAGACGAUAAGAGACGAGUGCAUCAUCUGGACACUGGAGGAAACCAAAGUGGUGAGUCCAGUGCAGACACCGAGAAGGAAGUGUCACUGUAUAUGGUAACUAGAAGUGAACAACUGGCACACAUCUGUAUAACUCCAGAAAUUGAAAGGAAAAUGAUUGAGAUGGAAUUGGAUACAGGCGCUGCAGUAUCGUUAAUUUCAAAAGAAAAAUAUGACAGUAACUUGCUGUAGUGAUUUUGGAUUAGCCUCACAUGAGGGCACACAAAUGUAGUAGUAUGUAUGUAGUAUGUAUUUAUGGUCUUAAAUAUUAAUAUUAAUAUUUUGUAUUAAUAUUAAUAUUGAGUCAGAUGAUUCCUUCCAAUGUUUCGGGGCACCAGUCAGGAUUCUCACCUUUACAAUAAAGAACAAUCAUGAAAGAUUGUUGACUGAAUUAGAAUUUUAUAAAUUGGAGGCAGUUUAUCAUCUGACCAAUCUGAAUGAUUUAGUGAGAUUCGGGUGAGCUUGUAGAGCCUCUAAUUAUCAGCACAAGAAUGACACAGUUUGCAAUAAAAUGAAUUUAUUAACAGAAAGAUAUACAAGAGUAAAAUAUCACACUCACUAAAUACUACAAAGGAAAAUGACUAAACUACCAAGAAAAUUGAAUAAAUAAUCAAACAGAAACUACAAACUACAACACAAAUGGAUUUUAACAAAACUGAAUGCCAGGUAGAUGAGCAAUGGAUUGGACGAAGCAAUGAAUGGGUAAUUAGCAGUCUAUGAGGGAGUCAAUUGUGGUCUUUCUGGAUGCUGGUAUUAAAAAUAGUAAAUAAGCAUUUACUAUGAAUACAGAUAACGUCUAAUGUAUCUAUGUCUAAUGCCAAGGCCUUUGGAAAAGGUUUGGUUAGCUUAUAUUUACAUUUCACUUGGUAAUAUCCUUGGUAUCCUUCCGUGUGCAGUGGGAGACUGGAUUGCUUUCCAACAGCUACAGAGCUUCACUGAGUGCUGGAGGUCUUUGCGUAAUCCAGAGAACUGUAGGUCAGAUGGUGGUCGGUCCCUAGGAUCUUCUGUAGGUUGGAGGUACUUGAGUUAUGCAGAUCGGGAAGGGGAUUACAAAUCCCCACCUUUCCUGAUGUGGUGAUGUGAUUGGGUCACAGCAUUCCAGGUGUCUGUCCCUUAACACGCCCACCUUUCAUUCUGUGAAACUUGUUGUAUUGUCCCAAAAUACACGGUUAAAUAAAACAAUGUCUUUAGGACCUUGGAAAUGCUUUAUUUCUUUUUCAAACCUUUCUCAAAGUUCUUGUAGCAGUGUUCUGAACUCGUAGAGUCCAAACUUGAAGUGAAUUGGUUGAGGUAUCACACUUCAGUGGGUGCAGUUGCAUUGGCUUUUAUUCCAGGUGUGGUUUCCACUGUGUGUGCACAGUUUCCUGGAUGAGUAAAAGGAUGUAUAGGGCAUGUUCCUUACAGUAUUCCUGUCCAUUUUUGGUGAUUUCAAACCAAUAUGUUUAGAAAAUGUCUUUCUUUCUGAGCAUUUCUUUGUUCUUGUUGUGCUCUAGCCACAACCAGUUUGGCAGCCCUAGGAGUCCAUGGUCAUUCACACCUUGAACUCAGGCAUGGAGGGCUGAGGUGAACAAAGGCAGCUCGUGAUGAGAUUAGCCUAUCAUCAAUGGGUUGUUGAUGUCAUAUUUCCUGUCCUCCACCUUUGGCAGUUCUGAUUACAAUAGUCAUUUAGUUGAGGCCGUUAAGGGCGUUGAGGGUCCUAUCAAACUCUUUUGUAUUAAUCAAAGUGGGACAAAGGGAUGUCUGUUGUGAAGCUCUGGUGCCAAUAGUCUGCUGUUCACUACAUUGCAGCAUAUUCCGCUGCAGCCGACUGACAUAAUCUUAAAAACAUACACGGGUGAAGCACUAGCGCCAGUAGGGGUCAUCAGUGUAGCGGUGAAGUUGAACAAUCAGUCGACACGAUUGCCACUGUAUGUUGUUAACAGUGAUGCACCACCAUUAUUUGGUAGAGAAUGGCUGAGAGCUAUAAAACUAAAUUGGCAAGACAUAAAAACAGUCAGGCAUCGAGUCACAGACACGAUUGAUACUGUGUUAAAAUAGCACUCCCAAGUCUUCGGGAAAGAACUAGGCACCAUGAAAGGAAUUGAGGCUAAAAUUACACUAAAGCCAGACCAUACUCCAAAAUUCUACCAGCCACGGGUCGUACCUUACGCUACUCGACCAAAAGUAGAGACCGAAUUGAUUCGUUUAACAGAGUUGGGAGUGAUUUCACCAAUACAGUAUAGUGAGUGGGCCACACCCGUGGUACCAGUUAUUAAAAAAGAUGGCUCAGAGAGACUGUGUGGUGAUUUUUAAAGUGACACUCAACCUAGCCAUUUGUGUGGAUCACAACCCAAUCCCACGCAUCGAAGAUCUCUUUGCAUCUCUGGCUGGUGGUAAAUUAUUCGGUAAGCUGGACUUGUCAAGUGCUUACUUGAAGAUGCCAGUGGCACAGGAGUCAAGAAAAUUACUCGCAAUAUCCACUCAAAAAGGGCUAUUUUGCUAUAACCGUUUGCCCUUUGGGAUCGCCCCCUGCAUUAUUUCAGAAAGCAAUGGAUCAAGUUCUCUUGGGGAUUCCAAACACUCACUGCUAUCUAGAUGACAUACUGAUAACAGGAUGAGAUGAUGUGGAAAACCUCAAGACAGUAGACCAAAUACACAGUAGACCAAAUACUCACUAGACUGGAGAAAUAUGGUCUGAAAUUGCAGCGUGAAAAAUGUGAAUUUUUCAGACAGUCACUGGAGUAUAUGGGUCACUACAUCAACGCAGCUGGAUUACACAAAUCACCAGAAAAGAUCAAAGCAAUUAAGGAAGCACCUGCACCAACCAACGUAAGUCAAUUACGCUCUUUUCUUGGGAUGAUCAACUACUAUGGCCAUUUCAUUCCAAAUUUGGCAUCUGUCCUGAACCCACUUAAUAAUCUUUUAUGUAAAGACAAGAAAUGGUACUGGAGCGCAGCCUGUGAAAAAUCAUUUCAGAAAGCGAAAGAUCAUCUUACCUUGCCAGCUGUACUCACACACUAUGAUUCAGAGCUACCAAUUCGUCUCGCUUGUGAUGCUUCCCCAUAUGGGGUGGGGGCGGUGAUAUCACAUGUCUUUCAAGAUGGGGAGGACAAGCCGAUUGCUUUCGCGUCCCAGACACUCAGUAAGGCGGAACAAAAUUACGCUCAGAUUGAACGGGAAGCCCUGAGUAUAACUUUUGGAAUUCGCAAAUUCCAUCAGUACUUAUACGGAAGACGGUUUACCCUCCUUACAGAUCAUCAACCUCUAACUGCUAUUCUUAGUCCCAACAAGAGCAUUCCACACAUGGCAGCAGCCAGAAUGCAACGAUGGGCUUUGCUGUUAGCCGCCCAUGAUUAUGUCCUUGAGUAUAAGAAAGCAGCUUUACAUGCCAAUGCAGACGGACUGUCGCGGCUGCCAUUAACCAGUGACACACACUGAGAAAAUGGACACUGUGGAUGUGUUCUAUGCUGCCCAGGUAGCCACCCUGCCUGUCAGUAGUGCUGAAAUUAGACGUGACACCCUAACUUUGUCACCUGUGCUGGACAUGGUUUCAACUGGAUGGUUCCGAAAAUCUAAAGAGGUACCCACAGACUUACUACCCUUUGUGACGCGUCGCCAUGAGCUCACAGUCAUUCAAGGAUGUUUAAUGUGGGGGAAUCGUGUCGUUGUACCUGCAAAACUCCGCUACCGAGUGUUAGCUGAUCUGCAUAUGAGCCAUCCUAGGGUGGUAAGGAUGAAACAUCUGGCCCGCAGCUAUGUUUGGUGGCCAGGUAUUGAUGGACAGAUCGAGUCUCAGUUCAAAUCAUGCCAGUCUUGUCAGCGGAUCCAAAAUGCCCCCUGUCCUGCACCACUUCACCCAUGGAUUUGGCCAGCUCAUUAUUGGGAAAGGAUACAUGUGGAUUUUGCCGGUCCCUUUGAAGGCCAUAUGUACUUGAUUGUACUUAAUACGCACUCCAAAUGGCUUGAAGUUUCCAUUAUGGACAGUACUACCACAAGCAAAACCAUUCAGGUCUUACGAGGACUUUUCAGUCAUUAUGGUGUCCCUAAUAUCAUUGUCAGUGACAACGGCCCACAGUUUUGUGCUGAGGAGUUUUCACUUUUCCUGAAGGCAAAUGGGGUGCAACAUAUCCGCUCUGCGCCCUAUCACCCCUCUAGUAAUGGGCAAGCUGAACGUUUUGUCCAAACAAUCAAACACGAUCUAAAAGCUUCCAGAGGAUCAGCUCCAAUCCAACAGAGACUUGAUGGAUUCCUGUUAACAUACAGAAACACUCCACAUGCUACUACUAAAGAGCCACCUGCAAUGCUAUUUCUCAAUCGCAAGCUAAGAACUCAGCUGGAUCUUCUAAAACCUAAUCUCGCCAAAAUCAUGAGACAGUCCCAGGAUGUUCAGCAGUUACGACACCAAGAACACUCUAAGUUGAGAGAAUUUCGUGCUGGAGACUUCGUCCUGGUUCGUGACUACAGAAAAAGGGACAAAUGGAUACCUGGAGUGGUGAUGUCUAGAACGGGACCUGUCUCCUACAUCGUCACUGUGGGUGGGGCUGGAACCUGGAAACGUCAUGUAGAUCAACUACUGAAGCAAGGGACUCAAUCCUCUGAAAUGCAGAUGGAACCAGAAAUUCCUGUUUGUUCUGAUAAUUCCCAGGCACAUCCGCUUCAGGAGAAUGCCGGGGAAAAGGCCGACAAUCUUGUGGAUGUGAUAACUGACAAAUUAGGGACUGGCAACAUUGACAAAUCACUUUCCGGAACUGUACAAACGAGAGAGGCUAUUAAGCAUUAUCCUACCCGUCUUACUAAGCCAGCUGACCAUUAUCAAGCAUCCUAAAGUGUGCCUGUUAGAGGAAUAAAUUCAUAUGUAGUAGUUUGAGUAAGACAUGCUUGCUAAACUGUGGUUAAAUUUGAAAUCAAGAAAAGAAAUACUCCCUUGUUGUGUAUGAUCACUUUUGAUUUAAGUUGGGAGGAAAUGUUAUGUAUUUAGUGUUAGAAACUGGGUUAUACUGCAGUUGUUGUCUUAUGCUUUAGAUGGCGCUGUGUGAUGGUGUAUACCCCUCUCAUAAAAAGUAAAAAAAUUGAGUUGUAAGUGCACUCGGCCUCCAUCGAGUUAUUGCUAUCUAUAGCUUCAUAAAAUAUAGUGAUUUUCGGAUAGACACAACAAUUUGCAUUUUAGAAUUAUUAGGGCCCAAGCCACUAAGGCGCAGGGCAUUAUUGUUUUUCUAAGGAGAAUUAUUUUUUUUUCCACCAGCCGGGGCUUUUUGGAGGCCUUAACGUGCUCAAAAACUCUUGAAAAUUGGCACACAUUGGAAUCUGCGGCCAUUAGGACGACGCAGAGGCUGGGACCCAGGCGUGGCACAGGGGCUCUACGGCGCCCUCUUGAAUGGGGUCCGAAAACUUGGUCCGUAUAUCAAACACGCUUGCAUGUAUUAGUAUGAAACGGUACACAUAUAGACCUCAUCGGGCCUAACAACUUUCGUGCCCUAAGUUAUACGCCAGCUCAACAGGAAGUCAGCUAUUAUGGGUUGUUUGAAAAACGCAUGCUCUGGAAUUUGAUAUACUCCUCCUAGGCGAUUAAUCCGAUCACCACCAAACUUGGUCAGCAUGAAGUCAAGAUAUUGAGGAUGUAAAAUUGCCAGCGAAUUUUUGAUAUCUCGAACGGUUUGACUGUGGCGAGGCAACGAAUUUAUGGCAAGAAAAGGGAAAUGUGUUAUAACUUUUUCAUACAUAGCCUGAUUUUGAUGAAACUUCAGCUGUGUGUUCAUUGAAGGAGGUUGAUGUGACUAUUGUGAGUCAAAGUUAUAGCACCACCAACUGGCAACAGGAAGUGUGACCAUUUCAAAAUGCUUUGAGAUCACCCUCUUAUUUUUACCCGAUUUGCUUCAAACUUCAUCAGAAUAAUGUCAAAACAUGGCGAAUGUAGACCUUUGAAAAGAAUCGUAACACUGUUGCCAUGGCAAUGCAUCAAACUUUAAUAUUCGUUUUGGAUGGUUUUGAGACUCUUAGCAUGCUUCAAAUUGCAUGAAACUCGAGGAGUCACAUGACGUGUUAAUGGCGGUGCAGCUUUGAAAAGGCGCUCUCCACACCACUUGCAUAUUUUUAGGUCUUUGAAGGACAACUAAAUGCGAAAUUACAUGAAAUCAUCGAAAAUGUCGACCCAGACCACACUUGCUCAUACUCGGGACGAUGCAAACUCUCCAAUUAAGAAGAGAUUUAAGGAGUCCUCCGCUAUCUCCCGAGCUGAGCUGGAUGGCGCCAUUUUGGCCAGAGUGAAACAAGCCUUGAGCGAGCAACAGAUUGAUUUGGACAGAAUUGUUACUGCCGCUGUCAAAUCUGCCAUAGAUGAAGUACUGAUGCCUCAGAUUUCAGAUUUGAAGCGUGAAAUUGAAAACACCAACAAAUCAGUUACUGCCGUAACUGGACAAAUCGAGCAAGUGGAAAAAUCGGUAUGUCUGCUUCAAUCCAGAUGGGAUUCCACCCAAGCUGCCGUUCGUAAGGACAGGGAUCAGAUCAGCGAUCUGAAAUCCAAACUUGACGAUCUCACAUUAAAGAUUGCUGACAUGGAAGAUCGCAGCAGAAGAUCCAAUGUGUGGUUAGUCGGCCUCAAAGAAUGUGCUGAGGGAGAUGAUUGCAUCGCCUUUUUAAAGGCGAAUCUGCCCAAAUGGAUACCCUCCAUUGCGAACAGAGAAAUCAGAAUCGAACGUGCACGUCGCAUCUACUCAGACAAGCCGUCUAACCGCCCCGUACGGUUAUAUUCAAACUGUUGGACUACACCGAUAGACAAGCUAUCCUCAAAGGGGCGAGGGCCAUAUACCCGGUCGAAUACGGCAGCGAAAUUCUUAAUUUCUUCCUGGAUUACAGCGCAGACACUACUAAGAAAAGGAAGGCUUUCACUGCAGUGCGGAAGAAGAUGGAUACUCUCGGAAUUCAGUCGUUUCUCCUCUUCCCUGCCACACUCAAGGUUAUUCAUGCAGGGAGACAAAACCUCUUUCGAUCACCAUUGGAGGCUGAGCAGUAUCUUCUAUCUUCACGGCCUGGGCACGACAUCAUUGCACCUGUGGGACUGCCUCCUCAACCGGACCGCUGUGCUGAUAUGGAUACGGAGCAAUCUGUUACUGAGUAGAGAUAAAUAAUCUAUACAGCGAGUGCACUGUAUAUGCUGUUGUAGGCCGUUUAUUUUAUAUUAUUUUUAUUUUUUAUUUACUUUUUUAUUUUUUAUUUUUCUCUGGCCACAAAAUGUUGCUACAGAGGUAGGUCCCCCUUUAUUUUAUAUUUUCUUAAGCUGUUAAACCCCUGAGCAGGGGUGAUUUUAUUUAUUUAUUUAUUUAUUUAUUUUUAUUUUUAUUUAUUUUAUUUUAUUUUUUUAAUAAUUUUUAUUAUAAUCAUAAAUCCUUCCCCACUCUAGCUAAUAAUUUCUAUUCAGUAGUGGUUGGGAUCACACCGCAGUUGAGCAGUCACGGCUCUUGUAAUUUCUAGUUUUACAUUAGCCAGAGGGUUUCAAAUAUCCUCGCGGCUUGCAAAGUGUAUGUUCAUAGUUUGGUUUAUGUUCAUUUGUGUUCUGUUCGUGGCGGCAACUGUCUUAAAUGUAUAAUUUCCUUUAAGUGGUUUUCGAGGUCUGGGCUUUUCUACGCUCUUUUUUCUUUCUAUCUGUACACAUGUCUACUCUUAACAUUUUAAGUUUGGAAUGUGCGGGGGUUAAACUCACCGGUAAAACGCACUCGUUGCUUGGAAUUUUUGCGACGGAAAGAUGUAUCUAUUGCGCUGCUCCAAGAAACACAUUUAAAAGAUGAAGACGUUCACCGCUUUCAAAAUAAAACUUACAAGAUAUUAGCAUGUUCGUGUGCUCUUAAUAAAUCUAAGGGUGUCUUAAUUCUACAUAAGAGAUCAUUAAAUUUGUCUGUGAAAAGACGGGAAAAGAUGAUUGUGGUCGGUUCAUAUAUGCAGCCAUUAGAAUUAAUCAUACCAAAGUCCUCUUAACAUCUAUGUAUGCACCGAACGUAUGUGACCACCAAUUUAUGGACAAAAUUUCUGGAACCUUGACUAAGUUUAACGACUAUCACAUUAUUCUAGGUGCAGAUUUCAAUGCCUGUGUCCACCCAGAGUUAGAUCGCUCCUCCGCUGACCCCAAUGUGGCAAUGCCGUCUUCAGUAGCCCUUAAUUUAAUUGCAGAGCUUAAUCUAGCAAACCCAUGGCAUAUUAAAAAUGGUAAUGCUAAAGCAUAUACAUUUUAUUCCACCCGUCACAAGUCAUUUUCUAGGAUUGAUUAUAUUCUGGUUGAUCCCCCUUUGGUCCAACACAUAAGUACUAUUGAUAUUUUGCCUAUUUUGAUAUCGGAUCAUUCACCAGUUACUUGUAAUAUUACUAUAGCUGUCAAAUUUCCUAAAGUCAAUAGAUGGCGCUUUAAUAAUAUGCUAUUGUAUGACACCUCCUUCUUAGAUCAACUUAGACAAGAACUAAUUAUUUUUCUGGAGAUUAAUUCUCAGUGUCAUAAUCCACAGGUGUUGUGGGAAGUUACAAAAUGUUUUUUAAGGGGUAAGUGCAUUUCAUACUUUUCCAAAGUUAAGGCCUCUAGGAAUAAACAGUUUGAGGAGCUGGAAAAUAAAAUCCAUGAUCUAGAAUGCCAAUUGGCCCAUGCUUUUUCUGACAAGCUUAAUCAGGAGCUCUCUUUAUUGAAAGUAGAAUAUACUUCUCUAUUUAUAUCUAAAGCUGAAUUUAUCAUUCACAGAACUAAGCAAAAAUACUAUUUUAAUGUAGAUAGGUCUAGUAGAUUGCUUGCAUUGAAACUCAAAGAGUGUGAAUCUAAAGCCAGCAUUCACGUAAUCAAAACUAGCUCUGGUGAAAUUACUACAGACUCUAAAGUUGUUAAUGAUGAGUUUAAAUUAUUUUAUUCUAUGUUGUAUUUGUCUGAGGUUUCCCUUGACAGAGGAAAAUGUUGUGAUUUUUCUCAGUGGUUUGAAUCUUCCCACUUUAUCAAUUUCUGCUCAAGAAUCCCUAGAUGCACCCCUAACACUGGAGGAACUCCACAGCGCGGCUAAAAUGUUACAGAAAGGUAAAUCACUUGGCCCUGAUGGAAUUCCUCGGAACUCUACCUAACUAUCUGGGACAUUGUUGGUCCCUUAAUUCUGAAGUCCAUGAUUUAUGCCAUUGAUCAUGGCACACUUCACAGAGACCAAAAUGUAGCCCUCAUUACUCUGUUGCUUAAAAAGGAUAAAGAUCCAUUAAGUUGCUCUAGUUAUCACCCAAUUUCUUUGAUUUCAGCCGACGUGAAGAUCCUAGCUAAAGCAUUGGUUUUACGAUUGGAACCAUACAUUGACAAUCUGAUCCAUUAUGACCAGACCGGCUUUUUGAAGGGCCGCCUAGCGUCGGAUAAUAUGCGCCGACUGUUACACAUUAUCGACCAUGCUCGCACUAGCAAUGUUACUUCUGCCAUUUUCUCUUUGGAUGCUCUCAAAGCGUUUGACAGACUUGAAUGGGACUAUUUAUGGGCUGUUCUGGAGCGAUUUGGAUUUGGCCCUAAAUUCUUAAAUAUUAUACAACUGUUAUAUAAAUGUCCUACUGCCUCUGUAAUGACAGGCUCCUGUCAAUCACAACCUUUUCCACUCCAAAGGGGUUGCCGGCAAAGUUGUCCCUUAUCACCACUUUUAUUUGCACUUUCACUAGAGCCUCUUGCACAGGCCCUUAGACAAAGCCAAAUAAUUUCACCUAUAACUAUUAAUAACUCCCAUCAUCACAUCUCAUUGUAUGCUGAUGAUAUUAUGCUUUAUCUUUCAGAUUUAAGUACUUCCCUACCAGAGGUUUGCGAUUAUUCAAUACCUUCAGCACUAUGUCUGGAUAUAAAAUAAAUUGGGAUAAGUCAUUCUUAAUGGCACUUAAUAGUAUUACUAAAGCAAUGUCUCUUCCGAAUGGUCUUACCUUUGCUAACUCAUGUACUUAUCUUGGUAUCAAAAUUGUUGAUUCUUUGUCUAGGACUGUUCAGACGAAUUCUUAUGAAAUCGGUCAGAAACUUAAGCGGGAUAUACAAAGGUGGGAUAACUUAAAAAUGUCAAUGCAAGCUAGAAUUAGUACGGUUAAAAUGAAUAUCUUACCUAGAGUAAACUUUUUAUUGUCCAUGCUCCCGUGUUUUCCUCCCCCUAAAUUCAUCAAAGAAAUGAAUUCAUUAAUCUCCAAAUUUAUCUGGGGCAGUAAGCGUCCUAGAGUCAGUUUUUCAGUAUUGCAGUGUGCAAAAUCGCACGGCGGUCUUGCUCUUCCUAACUUAAUGCUUUACCACCUUGCUUUCCAAAUUAGGGUCAUGCGUGUCUGGUUGGACAUUCACUCCAAAGUAGCUUGGAGGAGUAUUGAAUCUGACUGUUCUCCCUCAUAGGCUUCAAGAUCUGCCUUUUACUGGUAUAGGCUCAAGAAGUCUUCAUCAGAAACAUUGGAAACAUUAUUUCAACUACUUUAAAAGCCUGGUUUAAUGCAGAAAAGAUUACAGGUCAUUUAAAAAAAAUUUCACGUCAGUCUCCUCUCUGGAACAAUACCCGCCUGUUAUCUGGUGGUCAACCUUUCAGUUACCCUCCCUGGUCUUUAAAAGGGGUACUCACAUUUGGUGAUAUAUUCAAUGGCAGCAGACUGCGCACAUUUCAGGAUAUUCAAACAGACUACUCCUUGCCAGGCACCUCCUUUUUUAUGUAUUUGACGUUAAGGUCUGCAAUGAAAGCGUAUGGUGUGCCUUGGAACUCUAUCUUAGAUGAUCACCCAUUGUUAAAGUGGAUAAAACACACUGGAAACUUUCAGGGCACAGUGUCCUUGAUCUACAAGCAACUACUUGAAUGUUCAUAUAAACCCUUGAAGAUACUAGCUGUAUGGGAGAGAGAACUCUCCUGGUUGGGUUACAGUCCUGAUUGGAAUAGAGUCUGGUUAAAUCUCUGCCUCACCUCCAAAAGCCCCUCGCACAUUCUUAUUCAUUUCAAAACUGUACACAAAAUGUAUUGUACCCCAUAUAAGCGAUACUUGAUGAAACUCUCAUCCAAUCCUAAUUGUAGUCUGUGUAAUAACAACUCUAAAGGUACUUUUUUGCAUGUGUUUUGGGAUUGUUUGGUCAUAUCCAAUUUCUGGAAACAUGUAGUUCAGGUGCUAAAAAACAUCACAAAGUUGCAGUUUGAUCUUGAUCCCCGUCUUAUGUUGUUAAAUGAUGAUUCUUCUUAUAAGUUUACAUUAGUUCAGAGAAGACUGUUAAUGUCUGGCUUCACUGCUGCUAAAAAAACAAUUUUACAGCAAUGGUUUACACCUGACAUGGACCUUAAAAGAUUCUGGCUGCUUUCUUUUCAUAAUAUUGUUUGCUUAGAAUGCAGCACUGCAAGGAUUAAUGGGGCUAGAAUACAUACUGUUACCUAUUGGAGUAAAACAGCCCAAGCCUUAAAAGAAUUGUUUUAAACUGAAGAUGCACUAUUCUAUGUUAUAAUUUGCUGCCAUGGUUUAUUUGUAUGUUCGUUUUACAUUACCCUAAAGUAUUGUUUACUGUAUUUAUAUCCUUUUAUUUUAUCAGUAUUUUUGCUGCUAUUCUAGCUUUGUUUUGCUUUUUUUUGUUUUUUUUGUUUUUUUGUUUUUUUGUUAUUAUUUCAAAUAAAAAAUUAUAAUCACAAAAAAAAAAAAAAAACCGCAUGAAACUCAACACACACACACUAGCGAUGUUGUCCAGUAGACAUGGGCAAAACCGUAGAAACGGGCGGGGAGGUGGGCCUCUAUAGCACCACCUUUUGACAAAAGUGGGGGGGUUAGUUUUACCUACAGUCACCAAACUCGGUACAUAUAUUGCUCUCAUUAAACCAGACAACUUUCUAAUUUACAGUCAUUAGCUCAGACCAACAGGAGGUCAGCUAUUUUGGUUUGAACGUGGAUAUUUUGGAUAUUCGUGGAUAUAUCAUGCUCUCAAUUUUUAUGUACUCCUCUUAGGGGCUUCAUGCAAUCACCACCAAACUUUCUGAACAUGAUGACAAAACACUGAAGGUGUUAAAUUGCGAACGAUUAUAGGAUAUCUUGAAUGGUGUUGCCAUGGCAAGGGUUUAAAGUAAGAACAAAAAGGGAAACAGGAAAAGUCUCAUAUUUACCAACCACUGAAUUAUACAUUCUUUAUUUCAAUAUAUAAUAGUACAAAUAUUAUAAAUAACACAUUUUAAUUUAUUUUUUAAAUUCAAGAAGUAUGUGUAAGUUAAAAUUAGGCAGAUAACUGCUCUUUGGUUACAAUAAUUCAAAUAAUAUUCAAAUGUCAUAUAUAGAAUAAGCACUAGAGGGCAGCAUAUACCUAUUUUUAUUCAGGGUUGAGAAACCUUAACAGUUUUGACAACACUUUUUGUUAAACACUGCUUUAGGUAUAAUUAUAUUUAGUGGGUAUUCUAUUUGGAUGCAUAUAUUUAGACUAUCAAAGACUCAUUUCUGUCACAGGGUAGAUUUCUUCUGAGGCAACUUACUGAUAAAACAGUCUCUCUCUCUCUCUCUCUCUCUCUCUCUCUCUCUCUCUCUCUCUCUCUCUGUGUCUCUCUCUUUCUCUGUGUGUGUGUGUGUCUCUCUCUCUCUCUCUCUCUCUCUCUGUGUGUGUGUGUGUGUUUUACAGUCUUGCAGGUUUAACCCUUUCAUUGCUGUGUCCUUUUGUCUGCAUUAUAGGAUAGGAAAUCUCUUAGCCCGUCUCUUCUAUAAAUUUGUAUAGCAAAAUAAAGGCAUACAAGUUCAUUUGUAGUUCACUGACUAUAGUUUUAUAUAAUUAGUUUAAUAAUUUGGUUAAUAAAAGACCUUAAGAUAAAUUCAUGUGAACGUAUAACAUUUUUAACUGCUAAUGAUAACUUUGCUAUAAAUGUAUAGAUUUAUAGAGUAUAGAUUUUAUUCUUAUUGUUUAACAUAUUAUUGAAUAAUCUGACUCAACUAACUGGUCAGUCUCCAACUGGUUCUUAAAUCUCACUCUGCCUCUGUGAGUGUGGGUGUCAGUGACACUUUUUAUGAUUUAGAAGAAAAUAUAAAAAACCUUAAGACAAAAACUGGACUUACACUGGACUCAGACUUUUGAGAAAACAUUUUGAGCUGCGAAAGAUAACUUUGCACUCAUUUCAAAGUGACCUAUGACAUUCUAUGACAUGACAUUCAUCUAAUUUUAAAUGAUCUUAUGGAUGUGGCUGUUGUGGUUUGUGAUCAUAUGGGCACCAGCUGCUGCAGUAAAUGUGGUGUGAAUUUGACAUAGACCUUUUAUGUUUAACCAUUUUAAAUGCCAAUUACCCGCUGUGCACAGUUGCCCUGAAGCCACCGGGGUGGCGGUGCCACCGGGCUUGGGCCCAUCAUCGCUUCUUGCAGCUAUAUUUAGGGCCCAAGCACUGAUGGUGUGAGGACCCUAUUGGAAUUGCUCCAUUUAUUAUUAUUAGGGCCCAAGCCACUAAUGGCGCAGGGCCCUCUUGAUCCCCUAAGGAUUAUUAUUAGGGCCCAAGCCACUAAGGCGCAGGGGCCUGUUGUUCUCCUAAGGAUUAUUAGGGCCCAAGCCACUAAGGCGCAGGGCCCUAUUGUUUUUCUAAGGAUUAUUAUUAUUAUUAUUAUUAUUAUUAUUAUUUCUUAUUUAUUUUUUUUUAUUUUAUUUAUUUAUUUUUUCCGUCAUCCGGGGCUUUUUGGGGGCCUUAACAUGCUCAAAAACUCUUGAAAAUUGGCACACACAUUGGAAUCUGCGGCCAUUAGGAUGCCGCAGAGGCUGGUAUUCGGGCGUGGCAGGGGGGCUCGACAGCGCCCCCUUGAAAGAAGUCCGAAAACUUGGUCCAUAUAUCAAACACGCUUGCACGUAUUAGUAUGAAACUCGGUACACAUAUAGACCUCAUCGGGCCUAACAACUUUCGUGCUCUAAGUUAUACGCCACCCCAACAGGAGGUUGCCUAUUACGGAUUGUUUGAAAAACGCAUGCUCUGGAAUUUGAUAUACUCCUCCUAGGCGAUUAAUCUGAUCACCACCAAACUCAGUCAGCAUGAAGUCAAGAUAUUGAGGAUGUGAAAUUUCCAGCGGAUUUUUGAUAUCUCAAAUGGUUUGGCCGUGACGAGGCAACAAAUUUAUGGCGAGAAAAGGGAAUCAGGAAGUGUGUUAUAACUUAUGCAUACAUUGAUUGAUUUUUAUGAAACUUCACCAGUGUGUUCGUUAUAGGAGUCUGAUCACAUGGAUGUGACUAUUGUGAGUCAAAGUUAUAGCACCACCAACUGGCAGCAAGUGUCACUUUCAAAAUGCAUUGAGUUCACUGUUAUUUUUACCUGAUUUGUUUCAAACUUCAUCAGUGUAAUGUCAAUACACAGCAGAUGUAGACCUGUGACAGGAUUUUUGAUAUUUUAAAUAUUGUUGCCAUGGCAACAUGUCAAACUUUAAUAAUAUUCUGAGUGUUUUUGAGGCUCUUAACAUGCUUCAAAUUGCGUGAAACUCGACACACACAUCAAUAUUGUCAACCAGUAGACAUGGACAAAGCCUUAGAAAUGGGCGUGGUGGAGGGGCUCAGUAGCGCCACCUUUUGACAAAAGUGAGGUGGUUAAUUUAACCUACAGUCACCAAACUCGGUACACAUAUUGAUCUCAUUAAGCCGGACAACUUUCUAAUUUACAGUCAUUAGCUCCGACCAACAGGAAGUCAGCUAUUCCGGUUUGAAUGUGGAUUUUUUUGAAAAAACAGGCUAUGAAUUUUAUACUACUUCUCCUACAGGGUUUAUACGAUCUACACCAAAAUUUUUAACUUGGUGCUAAGACAUUGAAGUUGUUAAAUUGCAAACAGAUGUUGGAUAUCUCAAACGGUUUGGCCGUGGCGAGGGAACGAAUUUAUGGCGAGAAAAGGGAAACAGAAAGAGUUAUAACUUCUGCAUACAUUCAUUGAUUUUGAUGAAACUUCGGCUGUGUGUUCAUUGUACAAGGCUGAUCACAUGGAUGUGAUUAUUGUGAGUCAAAGUUAUAGCGCCACCAACUGGCAGCAGGAAGUGUGUCACUUUCAGCAUGCUUUAUGAUAACCCUCUUAUUUUUACCCGAUUUGCUUCAAAGUUCAUCAGAAUAAUGUCAAAACAUGGCAGAUGUAGACCUUUGAAAAGAAUCGUGAUAUCUCAAGCAUUGUUGCCUUGGCAACGCAUCAAACUUUAAUAUUCGUUUUGGAUGCUUUUGUGACUCUUAGCGUACUUCAAAUUGCAUGAAAUGUGCCACACACGUCAGGAUUGUUAACCAGUAGACAGGAUCAAAGCCUUAGAAACAGGUGGGGAGGAGGGGCUCUAUAGCGCCACCUUAUAGUGCAGUAAAUGUGGAGUGAAUUUGACAUAGUCCUUUGAUGUUUAACAGUUUUAAAUUCCUAUUGCCCGCUGUACACAUUUGUCCUGAAGCCACCGGGGUGACGGUGCCACCGGGCUUGGGCCCACCAUCCCUGCUUGCAGCUAUAUUUAGGGCCCAAGCCACUAAGGCGCAGGGCCCUAUUGUUUUUCUAAGGAUUAUUAGGGCCCGAGCACCGAUGGUGUGAGGACCCUAUUGGAAUUGCUCCGUUUAUUAGGGGCCAAGCACCUAUUGUAUCUGUUGGCGUUCUUUUGUUUCGUUUUUUUUUUAUUAUUAGGGGGCCAAGCACCGAAGGUGCGUAGGCACCUAUUGUAUCCGUUGGCGUUCUUUUUAACUAUUAUCAUUCUGCUUCUUCUUCUUCCGCUCUGGAAGUCUAUGGCAGCUCAUAGAACCGUAUUGUAAAAAGUUGUGAUAUUUGGCACACAGUUAGAGGACAGUCUGAACUGUGUCCAUAGCAAAUUUGGAGUCUCUAACUCAGUCCCUCUAGCGCCACCAGCUGUCCAAAGUUGCGCUCUUGUUAAUAACUGUUAUGUUAUAAUGUUAAUAAUAAAAAUUUAUGUUAAUAACUUUUGAAUCGUAAGUGUUAGAAACAAAAUUCUUUUUUCCUCUGAUUCCUUGGGUCAAGACGAAUCGAAUGCACCUUAUGACGUCAUUAAAAAAUGUUUCCGCCAUUUUGAAUUUUCCGAAAAACCUACUUUUUCGAACUCCUCCUAGGGCGUUACUCCGAUUUUCACAAAAAUUGAACCAGAUCAUCUUCAGACCAUGCCGACAAAAAGUUAUGGAAUUCAAGUUGAUUUCUCAAACUGUUUUCAAAAAAAAAGUGAACGAAUUGUACGUGGCGCUUGCGACAUAGCGCUUUAACCUAUGCAGACCAAACUUGGUACAUGUCAUUACAAACAUGACCUGAGGCAACAUGCAGCGUUUCGGUGCAGCGCCACCUACUGGUCCGGACAUGAAAAAUGGCUAUUUUUGCUUAUUACUUCCGAUAGGUUUGUCCAAAAGGCAUAAAUUUGGUCUCAUUUGAUUCGGGGCAUCAUGCCGAGUCGAAUGAUGUCCAAUUUUACAAUAUCGGCCAUUUUGCCCGUCGGUCAUUUUGAAUUUUGUGCUAAAAUGCUGUAUUUUACGAACGCAUAAGUGUAUCAAUACGAAACUCGGUAUGGGUCAUCAGCCCAAUGACCUGAAGGAGCCUGAGAAGUUUCGGACCAGCGCCACCUAGUGGAGAUUUUUUUUUUUUUUUAUAUGCUUAUAACUUUUGAUCUCGUUGGCUUAUUUUCAGAAGAGUCACAUUCUUAGACUCCUGAAUCCUUGCCGAGUCCAGCGAUACCAAACAUGAUAGGUUUCGGCUAACGGUUUGUGCGGCGUGGUGAUUUAGCGCUUAAAAUACAAUUGCGAAUAUCUUCGAAACCGUUAGUCCGAUCGAGAAGAAAUCAGCGUAGGAAACACGAAACCUAAGCUGGUUAACUACAUGUCACAGCCCAAAUGUCAAAAUUUAGAUAGGAAGUGGCAUAGAUUCUGAAUAGAUUCUGUGGGUCAUGCUGAGAACAUUGAUGUCAAUUUUACAAUAGUCAGCCAAACUUCCUGUCUGCCAUUUUGAUUUUCUUUAAAACCUACUUUUUCAAACUGCUCUUAGACCAUUCAUCCAAUUUUCACCAAAAUUGAAUCGUAUCAUCUUCAGACCAUGUCGAAUAAAUGUUAUAGAUUUCGUGUUGAUAGACGAAACCGAAACAAGUGUCAUUGUCACCUCACUCUGACCAUACUACAUUAAUUUGGUCACAGCGCCACCUAUUGGUCGAAAGUGAUGAACCAGUAAAUCCUUACAUUUGACAGUAUAUAUCAUUUUUCAGCUAUUUUGCUAAAAUGAUCUUAAUAGGUCUUUAAUUGCUCACAGCCAUGUUUGUUGGCUUCUUGUGCCGUUUUUGUGCUUGGCCCCGUAAUUGCUGCUUGCAGCUAUAUUUGUUAGGGGCCAAGCACCAAAGGUGCUUAGGCAGCUAUUGUAUCUGUUGGCGUUCUUUUUUUUUUUUAUUAUUAUUAUUAUUAUUAGUAUUAUUAGGGGCCAAGCACCGAAGGUGCGUAGGCACCUAUUGUAUCUGUUGGCGUUCUUUUUUUUUUUAAUGGUGCUUGCCUCUGGCAAAGCAUCAUUAUUGUUCUCCUGCAUACUUCUUCUUCUUCUUCUUCUUCUUCUUCUUCUUCUUCCACUAAAAUUUCUGCGCGCUACUCCUCCCGCAGCGUUUGUCAUAGACCCAUGAAUGAGGUGUCAAAUUGAAUGAGGGCUCAUUUGACUCGGGACAGCAAACGGCCAAUCACGAAUCACCUUCAAGACUUCAUAGCCAUGCCCUAGCAACCAUUUAGAGCACCCUAGCAACCCAAAGCAUAGAGGGAUAUCUUCAAAUCUGAAUAUCAUAGAGGCAUGGGGGUUGAUUUAUAUCAUUCAUACUGACCAGCAGCCUUUGGAGUAUCAUCACUGGCAGCUGCCAAGCCACUCCCUAGCAACCAAACAGAGUACCCUAGCAACCGUUUUGCAAGACCUAUAUCUCUGCAUCAGAACAUUGUAGAGACAUGGUGGUUGGGUUAUAUUGGCAAGCAGCCUUUGGUGUAUCAUCUUUGGCAGCUGCCAAGCCACUCCCUAGCAACCAAACAGAGUACCCUAGCAACCGUUUAGCAAGACCUAUAUCUCUGCAUCAGAGCAUCGUAGAGACAUGGCGGUUGGCUCUUUUGACUCAUGUUAGCAAACUGGACUUCCAACAUGCUAAACAUGCUAGCAGUGAAUAGCUACAUGCUAAUAGUGAUUAGAUAAGUGUUAAAGUGGGCUAAGAACAUGCUAAGAAUUCUAUAAAAACACCAUAGUAACCAUCUGUGACAACUACCAACCACCUAGUAACACCAUAGCAACCACCCAGGUUACCAUAGCAAUUGCCUAGCAACCACCCAUAACACCCUAGCAACCGCCUAGCAACACCUUAGCAACUGCCCCAAGUACCUUAGCAACUGCCUAGCAACCACCCAGGUUACCAUAGCAACCGCCUAGCAACCACCCAGAACACCCUAGGAACCGCCUAGCAACACCUUAGCAACCACCCCAAGUACCUUAGCAACUGCCUAGCAACACCCUAGCAACCACCCAGGUUACCAUAGCAACUGCCUAGCAACCACCCAGGUUACCAUAGCAACUGCCUAGCAACCACCCAGAACCCCUUAGCAAUUGCCUACAAACACCCUAGCAACCGAGUGCCGAGUUUUGCCACUGCAAGCACCAUUUACAUUUUCUUCAGGAAAUGUACAUUCUAGUUAUUAUUAUUCUUCUUCCGCUCUGGAAGUCUAUGGCAGCCCAUAGAACUGCUUGCGGGAAAGUUAUGAAAUUUGGCACACAGUUAGAGGACAGUUUUAUCUUUGUCCUUAGCAAAUUUGGAGUCUCUAACUCAAUUCCUCUAGCACCACUAGCUGUCUAAAUUUGCACUCAUGUUUAUGUUAAUAACUUUUGAACCGUAAGGGUUAGAAACAAAAUUCUUUUUUCCUCUGAUUCCGUGCCUCAAGACGAAUCAAAUGCACCCUAUUCCGUCAUGAAAUUUUUUUCGCCAUUUUGAAUUUUCUGAAAAACCUACUUUUUCGAACUCCUCCUAGGGCGUUACUCCGAUUUUCACAAAAAUUGGUACAGAUCAUCUUCAGACCAUGCUUGCAAAAAGUUAUUAAAAGCUUUUCGAUAGAUCCAUCUGUUCUCGAAAAAAGGCACAAAUGAAUUUGACGAAAAGCUUCAGAAAUCAGACUUGAGGUUAUAUCUCCACAACGCUUUAUUGUAUUCUUACCAAACUUGGUACAUGUCAUCACAGGCAUGACCUGGGGCAUCAUGCAGCGUUUCGGUGCAGCGCCACCUACUGGUCUGGAGAUACGAAAAAUGGCUAUUUUUGCUUAUAACUUCUGAUGGGUUUGUCCAAAAAUCAUAACUUUGGUCUCCUAGGAUUCGGGGCAUCAUGCCGAGUCGAAUGAUAUCCAAUUUUCCCAUAUCGGCCAUUUUGGCCGUCAGCCAUUUUGAAUUUUGUGGUAAAAUGCUGUAUUUUAUGAACACAUUUGCAUAUCAUUACGAAACUCGGUAUGGGUCAUCAGCACAAUGACCUGAAGGAGCCUGAGAAGUUUCGGACCAGCGCCAGCUAGUGGAGAUUUUUUUUUUCAUGUGCUUAUAACUUUUGAUCUCGUUGGCUUAUUUUCAGGGGAGUCACAUCCUUAGACUCCUGAAUCUUUGCCGAGUCCAGGGAUACCAAACAUGCUAGAUUUCGGCUAACGGUUUGUGCGGCAUGGUGAUUUAGCGCUUAAAAAACGAUUGCGAAUAUCUUUGAAACUGUUAGUCCGAUCGAGACGAAACCACCAUAGGAAACACGGAACCUAAGCUGGUUAACUAUAUGUUUUAGCCCAAAUGUCAAAAUUUUGAUAGAAAGUUGCAAAAAAAUCAAAAAGUCGUUCAUAGGUCAUUUUUUAUGAUCUCUUACAUGUAAAUGUCUAUAACUCCAAAACGAAAUGAGAUAUUUGCACCAAAUUUGAUACACACAUGUAUGGGUCACCAUGAGGACACAUAAAAAAAAUUGGUGGGAUUGUGCCUCUUGGUGGUGCUAUAAUUGAACAAAACAUGAAAUUUCCAUUAACUACAAUACAGUAUUAUGAUAAAAAAAAAUGCUAUAUUAUACGAAUGCAUUGAUGUACCAUUACGAAACUCAGUAUGUGUCAUCGGCACCAUGCUUUGAAGGUUCUCAAAUGAUUUCGAGACAGCGCCACCUUGUGGUCAAAUUUUGUAAUAACAUUUAUUAAAAAUGCUAAUAGCUUUAUGUAAAUGUGGCCUAUUGUAAUGAGACUUGUUUUAUUAGAUUCCUUGGGUCAUGCUGAGAACAUUGAUGCCAAUUUUACAAUAGUCAGCCAAACUUCCUGUCCGCCAUUAUGAUUUUCUUUAAUACCUACUUUUUCAAACUGCUCUUAGACCAUUCAUCCAAUUUUCACCAAAAUCGAAUCAUAUCAUCUUCAGACCAUGUCGAAUAAAAGUUAUGUAUUUCGUGUUGAUAGACUAAACUGUAUUCAUAUACGACAGCGACAAAUUAGAGGCUUGAUGCCAAAAUGACUCUUGAGGCUGUAUCUCUGCAAUGCUUUGACAUAUUGACACCAAACUUCGCGACUGUCAUUGUCACCUCACUCUGACCAUACCGCAUGAAUUUGGUCACAGCGCCACCUAUUGGUGGAAAGUGAUAAACCAGUAAAUCUUUAUUAUUGACUGUAUUGUUGAUUUUUCAACUCUUUUGCCUAAAAUGAUUUUAAUAGGUCUUUAAUUGCUCACUGUUGCAGUUGAUCUAAUGCUCACAGCCAUGUUGGCUGGCUUAUUAUGCCAUUUUUGUGCUUGGCCCCGUAAUUGCUGCUUGCAGCUAUAUUUAUUAUUAUUAUUCUUCCGCUCUAAAAGUCUAUGACAGCCCAUAGAACCGCUUGCGGAAAAGUUGUGAAAUUUGGCACACAGUUAGAGGACAGUCUGAGCUUUGUCCAUAGCAAAUUUGGAGUUUGUCCAAAAAUCAUAAAUUUGGUCUUGUUGGAUUUGGGGCAUCAUGCCGAGUCGAAUGAUAUCCAAUUUUCCCAUAUCGGCCAUUUUGGCCGUCGGCAAUUUUGAAUUUUGGUGGCGCUAUAAUUGAACAAAAUAUGAAAUUUACAUUAACUACGAUACAGUAUUAUAAUAAAAAAAAUGCUAUAUUAUACGAAUGCAUUGAUGUACCAUUACGAAACUCAGGAUGUGGCAUCGGCAUCAUGCUCUGAAGGUACACAAUAGGUUUUGAGACAGCGCCUCCUUGUGGUCAAAUUUUAUAACGAAAUAUUUAAAAAAUGCUAAUUGCUUUAUAUAAAUGUGGCCUAUUGUAAUGAGACUGGUCUUAUUAGAUUCUGUGGGUCAUGCUGAGAACAUUGAUGCCAAUUUUGCCAUAGUCAGCAUAACUAAGUCUCCACUACUUUGAUUUUCUUUAAAAUCACACUUUUUUAAACUCCUCCUAGACCAUUGGUCCAAUUUUCAUCAAAAUUGAAUCGUAUCAUCUUCAGACCAUGCCGGCAAAAACUUAUGGAUUUCAUGUUCAUAGACAUAACCUUUUUCCUAUACUGCAGCAACGAAUUAGAGGCAUGAUUCCAAAAUCACUGUUGAGUCUGUAUCUCUGCAAUGCUUUGAAAUAUUGACACCAAACUUUGCAAGUGUCAUUGUCACCUCACUCUGACCAUACCACAUUAAUUUGGUCACAGCGCCACCUAUUGGUCGAAAGUGAUGAACCAGUAAAUCCUCAUUUUUGAUAAUUUUUCAGCUCUUUUGCCUAAAAUGAUCUUAAUAGGUCUUUAAUUGCUCACUGUUGCAGUUGGUCUGAUGCUCACAGCCAUGUUGGCUGGCUUAUUGUGACGUUUUUGUGCUUGGCCCCCCGUAAUUGCUGCUUGCAGCUAUAUUUAUUAUUAUUAUUAUUAUUAUUAUUAUUCUCCAAAGUGAAUCACUUUUUGGAGGGCCUAAACGUGCUCGAAAACUCAUGAAACUUUGCACACGCGUCAGAAGUGGUGAAAAUUUACAUCUGUUAUUGGUUUCAGAAUUAGGCGUGGCAAAAUGGCUUGAUAGUGCCACCUAACGAAGUGCCCCUCACGCUACAUUUCACGUAGAUUUUGAAAUUCGGUACACACAUUUAACAGCCCAAUACCUACAAAAAAGUCUCUUGGAGCAAAAUCUGAAACCAAACAGGAAGUCAGAUAUUUUGAAUUAACUUGCCAUUUUUUGCCAUUUCCAGAUGUUGUACUUUAACGAACUCCUCCUAGAGCUUUAAUCAGAUCAAUGUCAUAUUUGGUCAGUCUAAUCUAAAGACCUUUGCGACGUUAAAUUGCGAAGAUCUUGACUUUUCGCUGAAGGGUGUCUUUGUGGCGGCCUGACAAAUUUCGAUGUUUCGCCAUGAAAUACGAAGUUGUUGUAAGUCAGACAUACUAUGUCCAAUCUGCCCCAAACUGCACAUGUUUUAUUAGAGUCCUGGCCUGAAGACAUCUACAUGGAAAUAUUUAGUUAUAGUCAUAGUGCCACCUGUGGGCAACAGGAAAUGACAUGUUUUACACUGUGAUUAACUCCUCAUACAGAUUUAACCAGAUCAACAUCAUAUGUUGUAAGUCUAAUCUAAAGACCUUAGUGAUGAUAAAUAUCAAAGAUCUUGAGUUUUCGUUGAAGGGCGUAUCAUCAGAUACGAAACAUCAGAUGGCGAAACAUCAGACUUUGUCAGGCCGCCACGAAAGAGGAGUUGCUCUAUAGCGCCACCUUAUAGUGCAGUAAAUGUAGAGUGAAUUUGACAUAGUCCUUUGAUGUUUAACCAUUUUAAAUGCCUAUUGCCCGCUGUGCACAUUUUUGUCCUGAAGCCACCGGGGUGGCGGUGCCACCGGCUUGGGCCCGCCAUCGCUGCUUGCAGCUAUAUAUAUAUAUAUAUUUUUUUUUUUUUUUUUUUCUACUAUUCAGGCACUUUUGUGGCCCUUAACAUGCUCAAACUCUUGAAACUUUGCACACACAUCGGAAUCCGCAGCCAUCAGGGCCGAUCAGAAGCUGGUACCCGGGCAUGGCAAAGGGGCUGGACAGCGCCCCCUUGAAUGGGCUCCGCAACUUGGUCCAUAUAUCAAACACGCUUGCACGUAUUAGUAUGAAACUCGGUACACAUAUAGACCUCAUCGGGCCUAACAACUUUCGUGCUCUAAGUUAUACGCCAGCUCAACAGGAAGUCAGUUAUUAUGGGUUGUUUGAAAAACGCAUGCUCUGGAAUUUGAUAUACUCCUCCUAGGCGAUUAAUCCGAUCACCACCAAACUCAGUCAGCAUGAAGUCAAGACACUGAUGAUGAAAAAUUGCCAGCAGAUUUUUGAUAUCUUGAAUGGUUUGGCCAUGGCGAGGCAACGAAUUUAUGGCGAGGAAAGGGAGACAGGAAAUGUGUUAUAACUUUAUCAUACAUUGAUUGAUUUUUAUGAAACUUCAGCUGUGUGUUCGUUUUAUGAGGCUGAUCACAUGGAUGUGACUAUUGUGAGUCAAAGUUAUAGCGCCACCAACUGGCAGCAGGAAGUUUGUCACUUUCAAAAUGCUUUGAGAUCACCCUUUUAUUUUUACCCAAUUUGCUUCAAACUUCAUCAGAAUAAUGUCAAGACAUGGUGAAUGUAGACCUUUCAAAAGAAUUUUGAUUAUUCGAACACUGUUGCCAUGGCAACGCAUCAAACUUUAAUAUUCGUUUUGGAUGCUUUUGAGACUCUUAGCAUGCUUCAAAUUGCAUGAAACUCUAUACACACGUCAGAGAUGUCAACCAGUAGACAUGGACAAAACCGUAGAAACGGGCGGGGAGGAGGGGCUCUACAGCGAAACCUUUAAACAAAAGUGGGGGGAUUAGUUUUAACUACAGUCACCAAACUCGGUACACAUAUUCUCACAAAGCUGGACAACUUUUUAACUUACAGUCAUAAGCUCAGACCAACAGGAAGUUAGCUAUUUUGGUUUGAAUGUGGAUUUUUUGAAUAAACAAGCUCUGAAAUUUUAACUACUCCUCUUAGGGGAUUCAUGCAAUCACCACCAAACUUUUUGAACAUGAUGACAAGAUACUGAAGAUGCUAAAUUGCGAAUGAUUAUAGGAUAUCUUGAAUGGUGUUGCCAUGGCAAGGGAUUAAAAUAAGAACAAUAAGGGAAACAGGAAAAGACUUAUAUUUCCAAACCAAGGAAUUAUCCAGCCCUUUUUUCAAUAUAAAAUAAUACAAAUAUUAUAAAUAAACACAUUUUAAUUUAUUUUUUAACAUCAAUAAUUAUGUGUAAGUUAAAUUAGGCAGAUAACUGCUCUUUGGUUAAAAUAAUUCAAAUAAUAUUCAAAUGUCAUAUAUAGAAUAAGCACUAGAGGGCAGGAAAUACCUAUUUUUAAACAUGGUUGAGAAAACAACAGUUUUUACAAAACUUUGUUUUUAAACACUGUUUAGAGGUAUUAUUAUAUUCAGUGAGUACUUUGUUUGGAUGCAUAUAUUUAGACAUUAUCAAAGACUAAUAGAUUUUAUUUUUUAUUUAAAAUGUUGAAUCUUCCUAAGCAACUUACUGAUAAAACAGUCUCUCUCUCUCUCUCUCUCUCUCUCUCUCUCUCUCUCUCUCUCUGUGUGUGUGUGUGUGUGUGUGUGUGUGUGUGUGUGUGUGUGUUUCUGUCUGUGUGUGAGUGUGGGUGUCUCUCUCUCCCUCUAUGUGUGUGUUUGUGUCUCUCUCUAUGUGUGUGUUUGUGUCUCUCUCUGUGUAUAUGUGUGUGUGUUUUACAGUCUUGCAGGUUUAACCCUUUCAUUGCUGUGUCCAAUUGUCUGCAUUAUAAGAUAGGAAAUCUCUUAGCCCUUCUCUUCUAUGAAUUUGUUUAACAAAAUAAAGGCAUAGAACCAGUUCAUUUGUAGUUCACUGACUAUAUAGUUUUAUAUAAAUUGUUUAAUAAUUUGGUUAAUAAAAGACCUUAAGAUACAUUCAUCUGAACGUAUAACAGUUUUAACAGCUAAUGAUAACUUUGCUAUAAAUGCUUUUAGUUAGUAUUACAUUUGAAUGUAUAUAUUAAGAGAUUACCAAAGACCAAUGUCUGUCACAGAAUAGAUUUUAUUCUUAUUGUUUAAAAUGUUAUUGAAUAAUCUGACUCAACUAACUGGUCAGUCUGCAACUGGUUCUUAAAUCUCACUCUGCCUCUGUGUGUGUGUGGGUGUGUGGGUGUCAGUGACACUUUUAAUGGUUUAGAAAAAUAUAUAUAUAAAAAAAAACCUUAAGACAAAUACUGGACUUAGAUUUACACUGGACUUCAACUUAGCUAUUAAUACAAUCACCACCAAACUUGGUCAGCAUGAAGUCAAGACAUUGAGGAUGCUAAAUUGCAAGCAGAUUUUUGAUAUCUCGAACAGUUUGGCUGUGGUGAGGCAACAAAUUUAUGGCGAGAUAAAGGAAACAGGAAGUGUGUUAUAACUUCUGCAUACAUUGAUUUUUUUUUUUAUUUUUUUUUAUGAAACUUCAGCUGUGUGUUCGUUGUAGGACGCCGAUCACAUGGAUGUGACUAUUGUGAGUCAAAGUUAUAGCGCCACCAACCGGCAACAGGAAGUGUGUCACUUUCAAAAUGCUUUGAGAUCACCCUCUUAUUUUUACCCAAUUUGCUUCAAACUUCAUUAGAAUAAUGUCAAGACAUGGUGAAUGUAGACCUUUGAAAAGAUUUUUGAUAUUUUUCAAAUACUGUUGCCAUAGCAACAGAUCAAUUUUCAAUAUUUGUUUUGGAUGUUUUUAAAACUCUUAGCAUGCUUCAAAUUGCAUGAAACUCGACACACACAUGUCAGGGUUGUCAUCCAUUAAGACAUGGGCAAAGCCUAAGAAACGGAUGGGGAGGAGGGCCUCUAUAGCGCCACCUUUUGACAAAAGUGGGGGGUUAGUUUAACCUACAGUCACUAAACUAGGUACACAUAUUGUUCUCAGGGAAGUCCUUGAGAUCAUCAAAUCAGGGAAUAUUAGUGGUUCCAAGAACAAAAUUAAAACUCAGAGGUGACCGGGCUUAUGCAGCAGCCGCGCCAAAAUUGUGUAACAGCCUGCCGGAUAUUAUUAGGACUGCCAGAACUAUAGGUAAUUUUAAAUCAAAACUCAAGUCUUAUUUGUUUGAAAUGGCCUUUAAUAAAUGACAUGGUGUCAUAUUAUGUUUUAUAUAUAUAUAUAUAUAUAUGUUCUAUUUUGCUGUAAAUGUUUAUGUACAGCACAUUGGUCAACAGUUGUUGUUUUAAAUAGUGCUUUAUAAAUAAUGACAUUGACAUUGACACAAAUUGUUCUCAUUAAGUUGGACAACUUUCUAAUUUACAGUCAUUAGCUCCGACCAACAGGAAGUCAGAUAUUUUGAUUUGAAUGUGCAUUUUUCUCUCUCUCUCUCUCUCUCUCUCUCUCUCUCUCUCUCUCUCUCUCUCUCUCUCUCUCUCUCUCUCUCUCUCUCUCUGUCCCCCCCCGGGCGUUACAGAAGGUCACGUGCUGUGUUUGCGAACAUCAUGUACAACGCAUAUGUCUUUAAAUUAAUUAUUUAUUGAUAUAAUUCAAAUUGAUUAAAAACCCAUAUGUAAGUAAAUUCACAUGAUUUUAUAAAAGUGGCUAUUUAUAAUCUUGCAUAAGUGAGCAGAAAAAUCUAAACAUGUACCUUAGUCUUACCUGAGACUGAUAUUAAAAUCGUCUUUGCAGAUUCUGUGAUUUUAAUUUUUCAUUGUAUACCACACAUAUUGAAAUUAACUAUGCUUUUGGUGCAUAAGAUUGGUGCACAAAUGACAGCUCAGGGAGGUCAAAAAACACAUGAAGAGAAGUGUUAGGAUAAUACAACAUCAGCAAUCACAGACGUUCACAUUAAGAAUGGAUUACAUUUCUCAGAGUACUGUUGAAUUUGUGCAAAUAACAGUAUGUAAUUUGCUCUGGAAUUUUUAUAGAGGUUGUCUGAGAAAAACACAGACAUGGCAGAUUAGGAUGAUAUUCUGAACUCAUUUGAAAUCGAUCUAUGACAUUCUAUGACAUGAAAUUCAUCUAAAUUUAAAUGAUCUCAUGGAUGUGGCUCUUGUGGUUUGUGAUCAUAUAGGCACCAACUGCUGCAUUAAAUGUGGUGUAUUCAAAUGACUUUGACAGUCCUUUUAUGUUUACCCGUUUUAAAUGCCUAUUGCCCGCCAUGCACUUUUGCCCUGAAGCCACCAGUUUGGCGGUCUUACCGGGCUUGGGCCCGUCAUCACUGCUUGCAGCUAUAUUUAUUAUUAUUAUUAUUAUUAUUAUUAUUAUAAUAUUGUUAUUAUUGUAUCUCAUUUUUCAUUGUUUGAUAGAGGAUUUGUAUUAUCCACAUCAGAGGAUUUGUAUUAUCCACAUCAGAGGAUUUGUAUUAUCCACAUCAAAUUAAAAACCCAUCUGAUUUUUUUUUUUUUUCUUUUUAA